UGCAUAUCAAUGCCACAUAUCAGUGCCCAUCUGAGCUGCCUUUCAGUGCCACCUAUCAGUGCCACCUAUCAAUGCCAGUCAGUGCCACCUAUCAGUGCUGCCAUCAGUGCCGCCUAUCAGCGCACGUCAGUGCCACCUAUCAGUGCCGAUCAGUGCUGCCUAUCAGUGCCACCUAACAGUGCCAGUCAGUGCCACCAAACAGUGCCAGUCAGUGCCGCCUAUCAGUGCCAGUCAGUGCCGCCUAUCAGUGCCACCUAUCAG